ACUCACCUCUUCGUCUUUCUUCUCUGUUUUUUUUCUCUGACUCUCUCUCCCUCUCUAUUAAAACAGUGAGGAACAGAACAAGAGAUUUUAGUAUCUGUUGUUUUGAUUUGUGUUAAAGCUUUUCUGUUUAGGAGAGCCCUAAAAUGGAGGAGGAGGAAGAGGAGAGGCGGAAGAAGAAGUGGCCGUGGAUGAAGGCGGCGCAAUUACUUGAGUUUCAGAUGCAAGCUUUGGUUUAUAGAUACAUAGAAGCUGGUCUUCGUGUGCCUCAUCAUCUUGUGGUGCCUAUUUGGAACAGCCUUGCUCUCUCUUCUUCUUCCUCCAGUUACCUUAUCCACCAAAACCAUCACUCCUCUUCUCUGUUGAGUGCUAAGGUGGAACCUGAACCCACAAGGUGCAGGAGAACAGAUGGGAAAAAAUGGCGGUGUAGCAACAAGGUCCUUCUGUUUCAGAAGUACUGUGAACGGCACAUGCAUAGAGGCCGGAAACGUUCAAGAAAGCUUGUGGAAUCUUCUUCUUAUGUUGUCGUUUCGUCACCGGCUUCAACCAAACACGACAACACUUACGGUUUGGAUAGUAGUAAUGAGAGUCAGAAUGUUUUUCAUGGGACAAUGUCGGCUUCUAAUAAUGCUCAGGUAGUUACCAUUGCUUCAUUGCCUAGUGCCAGAGUCUGUGAUAACACCACUCGCCCAUCUUUAGUGAUCACUGAAUCCACAAACAAAAGUAUGAGUCAUGGCGUUAAGAGCAGAAGGACCGUGGAGAUGAGUUAUGAUGACUUCAUCAAACAAAGAGACUCAAGUACUUGUGUUAGAGUUGUUCCCGUUCAAGGUGAUGAGAGGUUACCUUCUGUUCAAAAGUUCUUUCCUGAGGCAUCUGAUAAUUUCUCAGCAGCUGCAAAAUUCUCAAGCAACAGGAAGAAUGAAAUAAUUGCAAGGAGCAGAGAGUGGAAGAAUAUGAAUGUUAAUGGUGGCUUUCCUGGUAUCCACUUUUCUCCAGACACUGUUCUUCAAGGUCGUGGUGGGUUUCGUUUACACAGAGUUGAAACAGACAAUGAACCAGGAAGGUGUCGAAGAACAGAUGGGAAGAAGUGGAGAUGCAGUAAAGUUGCUCUGUCUGGUCAGAAGUACUGCGAUAAGCACAUGCAUAGAGGUAUCAAGAAGAAGCAUCGGGUGGAUACUACUAACUCACAUGAUAAUGCCGGUUUUACCCCUUUAACCGUGAAAACAGCUGCCAGAUCUUUGUCUUGCAAAGAUGGAGAUGACCAGAAGUUGUCUGUUUCAGUCCUGGGAAUUCCACUGCCCCGAGUUUCUGAUGAGAAGAGCACUAGUAGUUGCAGUACCGACACCACCAUUACGGAUACAGCUUUAAGGGGUGAAGAAGACAAUGAGGAGGUCUUGUCAUUGUGUUCUUCAGGUGUUUAGAAGCAUAGUAAAGUUGUUGAGGUUACAAUGUUUUGAAGUUUUUAGUUUCUAUCUAUGGAUUCUUCUUAAUUAUCUGUGUUUAGAAGAAGAUCGAAGAUCGAUCACAGAAAAAUAUUAAGACACAAAUUUUAGUUAGAUUAUAUUGUGUGCUGAAAUGAGUGAUAAUACACUACGAAA